AUGGUAAUAACUGUGGGAACGAAUCCUGGGUCAGCGGGUGCAAAGGCGUCGGAAAGGAGGGCUCCGAGGACGGUCGGGGAAUUUUUUAAGAAAUACCUUUGUGAAGGCCAACUCCGCUGCGAGGAUGAACAGGAAGUCGAAGCCGCCGACAGCGCCAUCGAUCAUUUCCUGACGAAAUACCGCAAAUAUUGCGCGUUAGCAGUUCCAGUGACGGUUUGGUAUGCUCUAUGGCUAACGGCAGCAUUUCGACACGACUUUUUCUCGCUGUACGCUCACACCUGGCCGGUGAUACUGACGGCGUUUUUGGCUUGUACAGUGGCUGGAAUGACUAGCGAGGGAGCCGGCGCCGUGUUCUUCCCGAUCAUGUCAAUUUGGUUGAAGAUCGACACCGGGGUUUCUCGUGAUUUCUCAAUGAUGUGCCAGAGCGCUGGAAUGACUUCCUCGGUAGCUGUUAUCCUGCUCUCCGGAGUGGUGAUCGAAACUCGAGCUGUACUUUUCGGAACGAUUGGAGCAUUUCCAGGAUUUUGGAUUGGAUUUUGGAUCGAUUCCCUAAUGGACGGCGCAACGAAAAAAAUGUUGUUCGUGUCAAUUUGGGGAUCUUUUGCAAUCGCUCUAUUUCUGCUGAAUGCUGAAAAGAAACGCGUGACCUACACAAAAAUCCCAGAUUUCAAGCCCUGGAAGGCGUUUAUAUUGAUCUUGGGUGGCAUGAUAGGAGGUAUUUUUACGGCCAUGACUGGAAGUGGUGUCGAUGUUUCAAUUUUCGCAAUUUUGACCUCGCUAUUCAGGAUUUCCGAAAAGAUCGCAACACCCACAACAGUGGUUUUGAUGGGUCUCAACACGGUCGUUGGCUUCUACAUUCGCGCAGCGUACUAUUUUGAUAUUACUCAAGAGGCCUGGGAAUAUACAUUUUGCGUGGUGCCGGUGUGUACGGUGAUGGCGCCACUUGGCAGCCUGAUUGGGACGCAUUUCCAUCGACAGGCGUUGGCUAUGCUUGUCUACGUUCUCGACGCUGUGGCCCUAAUUGGCUUCCUAGCAAGUGGGCCGUCCUGGAUCCUCGUCGCUAUUGCAGCAGCAAUUUUGUUUGCUGGAUAUCUAUUCUUCCGCCAAAUGUGUGCCUGGGGCCACAAAAUCGUCGAUGGACUCCCGAGCACAAAACGAGCCCGACAAGCCUUGGUCGAAAAAUGCGUAACCGAGACCGAGGCGACCCCGAUGACCGAUCGGAGUCUCGCU